CGUCAAAGUGAAAUUACUAAUUUUGCUUUGCUGCGAAACGAAAAUUGAUUUGACUUAAAAAUGUCCAUUGCAAAGAUAUUUGCACUAGAUAAGGUAGCCAAUUUCUUCAACAUCAUACGCCAAAAUGGAGGCAUUCGGGGUUCCCUGUGGAAACUAUACCGUCAGGAUGAACUAAAGGACGGUACCCUAGUAGGCGAAGACAAGUUCGGCAACAAGUACUAUGAGAACCCCCGCUACUUCUACUCCCGCAAUCGCUGGGUGGAGUACUCUCCCAACUUCCACAUGAACUAUGACGGCAGUCAGGUCCCCGCUGAAUGGUUCGGCUGGCUGCACUAUAAAACCGAUCUUCCCCCACACCAGGACCCCAGCCGCCCUAAAUAUGACUGGAUGCUCUAUGGCAACGAGAACCUCUCUGGCACCCAGGGCCAAUAUGUACCCUACAGCACCACCAGGCCCAAGAUCGAGCCCUGGGUCCCUAAAUCCAAGGAAUAAACUGUUAUACAGUCUGGCAGUAAAGAGUAGAAAUAGAGGGCGCCACUGAGCGUAAGAGACAUUGUGUAAUAGCCUAUUAGCGCAUACUACGCUCACUUUUGGGAACCCACUAUUUUUAGGGUCCCGUACCCAAAGUGUAAACAUUACUAUGACUCCGCUGUCCAUCUGUCUGUCACCAGACUGUCGAGAUUCUCUUUAAUUAUUACCAUUUGAAAGAAAGCAAGAAAGAGAAUACAUUUAUUUAUCGCCACAACAUAUUACAUAUAUGAAACAAAGACAUACAGACAUAAAAAAACGCUAAAAUAGGACCGUACUCGGCAUAAUGCCGCGGCAAUUCGUGGCGCUGGUUUUCAAUGGGGACCUGAUUUAAAACUAUAAUUUCUACUCUUUACCACCGAACUGUACCUAUAUGUUCCAUCAUCUAUUUUAGUGAUUUAAUAACCUUUAAGUACAUAUGUAUUUGUCAUGCUACUUCAGCCAACUUCAGUACUUUUUGUACCGAGACUGACUGAAAUAGCAAUGCACGUUCGAACGUUUCCGUGAAAAUACGAUGGAAAAUAAUUAUGCACUACAUCUGAAAAUCAAAUUAUAGGUUAUGUGUACUAAAGUAGGAAGGUAGAUCGUAUGAUUUGACGAUUCAGCCAUCUUUAGAAUACUAGCACUCUAGCAGUUUUUACAUUUUAGUUUUAAGUAGAAAAUGGAAUAAAUCUAUUUAUACGAG